AGAUCAAUCGAAUUUUUUUAAUGAAUACUUUAAAACUCAUUUUUUUGCCCAUUGUCAUCAUCAUCAGCGUCAUUAAUUGAAUGUCUUCAUUGAAUAAAAUUUCAAGAUGGAAAAUGGUGUUGAAUGUGAUGAGGAUGCCGAAAAAACAUUGGCCAUCUAUUAUGCGAUUAUUUCAGGCCAUACCUAAUGCUAUUAUUUUCAUCAUUAUUUUGAUACAAACUCCUUAUUUGUUGGCCAUCAAGCCAUGUUUGGCUGAAAAUAUCGCUGAAGAUGGUUUAUCGGAUUCAUUUUUAUCCAACAAUAUGGAUAAUAUUAAGAAUCCAUUUUGGUCUAUGACAUCAACAGUCAAACAUGAAAUUGAUCGCAUGAUUUCCUCAGUUGUUGAUGAAUCAUAUACAGAAGAUGAUAUUGGAACGUUAUUAACUACAACUGCAAUGAUAAGUCAACCGAUUGCAUCAAACUAUAAAGAUUUUGAAUCAAAAACAUCAACGACAAAACCAAAAUCUCUGGAAAUGAAUGAGAAAAAAGUAAAGAAUAAUAAAAAUGGUACCCAACAUCAAAUCGGUAUGAUAAAUAAUAUGUCUGAUAUUGUGAAAUUAGUACGAUUCGUAUUGCUACGUGGACAUAUUGUUCUAGAUGCAUCACAUCGUGUUCUGGUCAUGAAUGAAUCACGUAUUGAUCGACUAAUGAACUAUCUACAUGACAUUCAAUUACGACGUGGUAAACAUCGUAUACUACCGAUGGAGGAUCGUGAUCUAGCUUGUGAAUACAUAUCCGAUACAAAAUUACAUAUCAAAAAAUUAUGUCGAGCAGCAACAUUUGAUUGUCUUUCUGCUAGUGAAUUGAUUCAAAUGUUACCGUCAACAAUCACAACAUUUCAUCAGGCAAUCACUCGUCUUUGUCCAUUAUUAUUGUUCCGACAAUCACGACCAAUUUGUGUGUCUGAUGUGAAAAAAUUAUUGGAUGCUGCCAAUUCGAAUAAGAAAAUACAGCUAGUCGAACCAAGUAUUGAACGUGUAUGGAUAUUUGGCGUUCUAUUUGUCACUAUAUCGAUUCUAGUCUCAAUGGGUGGAUUGAUAUUAUUACCAGUUGUAAAGAAAUCAUCACGAAUGACAAUAUUAACAUUUUUUGAAGGUUUAGCUGUCGGUGGUCUUUGUGGAAGUGCCAUUCUUCAUCUAUUUCCGGAAGCAUUUGAUAUUGUGGAUGAAAAAUAUCGGGCAUAUUUUUGGAAUACAACUUGUAUAUUUUGUGGCAUUUAUUUUUCCUAUUGUAUUGAAAUUUUAAUUAAAAUUCUCAAAACUCAUUAUGGACGUAAUCGUCGAAAACGUGUACCGUCAGUAAUAUUUCGUGAUGAUGAUGUUAAUAUUGAAAAUCUUAGAUAUUCAUCAGCUACUAAUGCAAUUCGUCAUCCAACACCGGAUCCAUAUAACGAAGAUCAAAUCAGUGAUCCAGAAGAUUAUCCUGAAUUUGAUUUCCAUUUUGAAGAUCAGCCAAAAAUAGUGAUGGAAUCAACAACAACAUCAUCAUCAAAUAAUGAUAAUCAGAAUAAAGUUGCCAUUAUUAAUUCAACUCGUGAUCAAUUGGUUCAAUGUCUUUCGACUGUGAAUGUGAUUGCACCGGCAUCAUUGGUAGCACCACGACAAACACCUCCUACGAUACGCCGUCCAUCCAAAGAACGUAUGGUACGUAGUGUUGCAUUACGACGACACGAUCAUGAAACAUCAACAAUCGUCAUCGAUACUGUAGCCUGGAUGAUCGUACUUGGGGAUGCAUUACUUAAUUUUAUUGAUGGUCUCUCUAUUGGUGCUGCAUUUGAUCGUAAUAUUCUUGCCGGCAUGAGCAUAUCGGUGGCCGUGAUGUUGGAAGAGGUAACACAUCGACUUGGUACAUUUGCAGUACUUAUCCGUGCUGGAAUGUCAAUGAAACAAAGUUUUUUCUACAUUUUUCUAUCGGCUUGUUCCUGUUAUCCAGGAUUAGCUUUAGGCAUUGUAUUGGGAGAUGAAGCUGAAGAUGCUAGUCCUUAUAUAUUUGCAUUAUCAGGUGGAUUCUUUCUAUACAUGGCUCUAGUUGAUGUAAUGAAAGCCAUGACCCGAACAAUGGAGAAUGCAUCGAGAAAAAAUCUUCGUUCAUUAUUAUGGAUACUUGCCUUACAGAAUAUCGGUAUAGUCAUAUCAGCCAUAUCAUUAGCCUUAUUGGCAUUCUAUGAAAAAGAGAUGGAUUUCGAAGUACAAGAAAUGGAUGAAAUACGUAAAAAUUCUUUUGUCUAAACAAAUUUUUUUUAAUAAAAAUCUGUACAAUUAUCA